CAGUCUCUGCCCCACUCUUUAACCUCAGCUGACAGUCUACUGUUCUUGUCUUUGCUGAAUGUCUCAAUAGAAUCAGCCUGAUUGAUCGUAAUGAGUUUGGGGAGCUCAAACAUGGUUGGAACCGCACUGGGAACGGCCUUCUCUCUCCUCCUCUGUGCCUCUAUUAUACAAGGGCAACGAGAUCUUGAGAUGACCAGUAAUGGAAUGAUGGAAGGAGUGGUGGGUCAGAACAUUACCAUACGCUGUUCUGUAAAAAGUCGUCCUGAGCUCAAGAUUGUCAAUAUUGAAUGGAGUGUGAAAAAAAAUGAAUACACGAAGCUGGCUCUGUACAGCCAGGGUCACGGAAGCCAUCUGUUUUUGACCAAUGUCAGCAUGCAGAUUGAGAGCGAUGGUGAAGACAACAUAACGGGCUCCUCUUUACAUCUUUCUGAGGUGAAGAAAUGGGACAGUGGCAUCUAUAUUUGUGAUAUUGCAACUUUUCCUUUUGGCUCCAUCAGGAGGGAGACAGAGCUAAAGAUCAAAGAUAUUAAAUUAAUGUGUGACGCUGACAGCGCUGUUGAAGUCCAUACUGGAGAAAACGUGACGAUUCACUGCCGAGCCUCCCCUAAUGCACAGUACAGGUGGACCAAGAACGAGAAGUUGGUGUCAGAGAAUGAAUUUCUAGAGCUCCGGUGCGUGUCAGAGGCUCACACAGGGGUUUAUACGCUGACUGUCAACACAGGAAACGAAAGUCUGCACAAAACGUUUACCAUCCGAGUGCUAGCAGCAACCACAAGCUUGAGGACUGAUGUCACUACAGUGUCACCACAGGCGAAUGUAACUGGAGAGGGUUUGCUGGAGCCAUCAGACAGGAGUCUCACCAGUCUGACCACUGGGCUUUCAACCACCGACACCACUGUAACUGUGACCAUGAGUAUGGGUACCAGUGUGACAGAUGGUAAUCCAAGCCCCGGCAAUGCUACGGUCACAGCUGGAGAGCAUAUAACCUCUUCAACAAAUUAUACACACGUCAAUGUCACAGAAUCCCCUGCCACACACACUGGCCCCUAUCACUUGCUCAACUCGACUACAUUAAGUUAUGAUAGUACGGUGCUCACAUCAACACAGGAAAUGACCAGUGAUGAAAUGGGGAACACGUCCAUGCAACAUACAGUGCAUCCAGCGGACAUUUUCUCAAUCAGGCAAGAGGAGUCCAGCACCGUGGGAAACCUUACAGAGGGUCGUGGUGCAACCCAAACAUCGAUGAAUGGAAAAGUAGGAAAAGAUACCGAACAGAGUCAUCUGGUGGUGUUAAUCAUCCUUCCAAUACUGGUAUUGAUCGCUGUGGCUGGCUUUCUCUACAGGAGACACCUUAUAAAACAGAGGAUGAAUCUACCACCUCCGUUCAAGCCCCCUCAUCCUCCAGUCAAGUAUGCACCUGUAAGAUACCGUGAGAUUUCAACACAGCCUUUCCCCACUGCAAGGUGUAACUCGAUAACAGACUGUAAAGAUACGAAACAAACAUUUAUCAAAAUGUAAUUCCUAAUGACGGUUGGAACACAGUGUUAGCCGCGUCCUGUCUUGGUUACGCGCAGAUUUACAAGCUAUACUACAAGCAAAUGUGGGUCAUGUGUAUAUCUUGGGUGGUGUUGGUGCUGUGCUAUAGUAAAUAAAACAUUUUUAUGGUUUGUUUUCAGAAA